CAUCUUUUUAAACAAAAGAUUAUUUUCAUUUUCAAUAGAAACUUUAAAUAUAUUUUUACAAUAUUAAUUCUUGAAAUACAUGAGCUCAAAAGCUGCCAAUGAGGAAUUUGAUCGGGCGUAUGAAAAUGUAGGAUUGUUGGCUAGUGAUGUCUGGUCCUACAAAAAUGAUGAUUUAGAUUAUAAAAAGGCUAAUUUAAAUUUAUGGAUCCGUUUCAAUGACACCGAAAAACGUCUUUUUGACGAUGAUUGCACUGAUAUUCCAUCGAGCUAUAUUGAAGAUACAGGUUCAAGAUACAAUGUUCAAGAUAUUUUACCCUUUUCAAGACUAGCCACCUAUGGUAAAUUUGAGUACGAUGAAAGAAGAGAGCAAAUUUAUGUGAGUGAUGACGGUGUACCUCUACCAAGGUGUACUCCAAACUCUAAUCACUUAAGUGAUGAAGAGGUUGAAGUAUGGAUGUUGCCAGAGGUGGAAAAGGAGUUUAAAAGAUACUCAAAGAGUUCACAUUCUGGGUGGUGUACCCUUAGUCCAAGAUAUCCUUCAGGCCGAGAGCUGGUCUCUCUUAGACAAAUAACCAACUCAAAUCCACAUCAAUGGCUGAGUGAGUCUCAAUGGCAGAAUCGACUGCUUUCACAUUACGCCGAAAAACUGCCUUACUUAAAACUCUCCACUGAAACAUCAAUGUUCCGUGAUGACUUGGAUCCCCCAGUGUAUGAUGAUGAGGAAGUGGAAACAAAACUAUUGGACUAUCCAUUUCCAAGAUAUUUAAUCGACAGCAAAGCUGAGCAGAAGCUUCAUAGGAUAAUCAACUCGCCAACGAUCAAAAGUCUUUGGGCCAAUCCUAGCUUCCCUUAUGGCAGCUACAACCAAACGUUUGGAUUGAAUGUGUUUGUAGCCGAGUUCGAACCUGUCAAUUUCAGUUCAAAAUUUAAAGUUAAUGAGGAAAGAUCACUAUCAAUUUUAACUCAACAGUCAGUCAACCAAUCAAACGCUCAUGGUAUUCCUGAAGAUGAGUUGUUCUGUGAAGCAAAACCGCAAUUCAUCUCCAUCUUUGAUAUGAACUAUGAGGCAGAAGUCUUCCCUUACUCCAAUAUCAAUAAAUUUGUUGUUGAACCAUCAACUAUGUUUUAUGAGUUCAAUGAAGAAGUUCAAGAUAAUAUGGCAAUGAUAAAUAAUCCUUCAGUAAUAUAUUUUAAUGUGGAAUCGCUUGGAUCAAAAUGGGACCCUGAAGACAUCUCAUCUGACAUCGCAAGACAUCUGUGUGAUUUAGGAGGGCAGUUUUAUAAAACACAAGAUGACAUGAAAACAUGGGUAGCAAAGAUUUACCAUCCAAGGUCAACUGAUUUCAACCAGAUGAACUUUUUAUUGAACAAAUUAAAUGCCAUAUUCCUGGAUGUUCAACAAGGCUGUUGUUUGGUUCAGGGCGGAUUGAGUCUUGCUGCUACCAACAGUGUGAGUCAGUUGGACAAGUUGGAACAGGAGGCGAUGGAGCAAUACACAGCCUCUGACACAAUACUACCAACCUCACAACAGGUUUCAGAGGAAGUGCAAAACAAAGUUGACUGUUCCUUAGAAAUGGAUUCUAAAUAUUCAGAGGACAAUAUUCAUGUUAGUGUGGUUCCCCCAUUACCACUAGGUAGUAAAUCAAGUCAAUGAAAUAGAAUCCAAGCUUGAAGCAAUACAUUCAAAUAUGCUACUCAAACGAAGAACGAAGAAAAAAAUAAUAAGUCUGAAAAGAAAAAGUCUAAAAAAAGAAAAACUCUAAAUAUAUUGAGAAAAGACUGCUGGUUGAAUCUAAUUUAAAAAAUUUUCUAGCAGAAGCUACAUUAAAAGGUUUUCUGAAUC